CCCAGCAUAGCUGCAUCAAACCACACUGCCCACCAUGGUCAGGCCUUAGAAAAGAAGUUUAUACUGAAAUGAAGUUCAGGCUAAACCUAGCAGUCCGGAGGCUACAUAGCAUGAGAACACCAUCAGCGGAACAAGCCCAGCCUCUGUCAGCCUGCAGGUCUUCUGAGCUCACUUCCAAAUACUGCGUUUAAUACAGGCUCUUCAACCUGAGUGCCUGCUGGUAUAAAAGCAGCUUUGUGGCUGUAGGUGCAGGACGGAAGUUUUUCUCAUAAGGGAGAUGCUGUAAAAUGUUCUUUCAGACUUGGCUGGAGGUUCUAGUUUCAUUUGCGUGAGGAAUUGUGUCUGGUCUUGGAGACUGUCCUGGCACUGGAGCAUGGAGCGGGAGAAGAAGAGAGGAAAAGCCGGCACGCCUAUUGUUUAUUGGAUGAAUUUAAAAGGAAUACUGAAAAAAAAAGGAUUUCUCCUUCAUAACAUGCAUAUUUAAAAUCAAAGAACAAGACAAAGCUGUGUACAAAGCUCUCCUCCUUUAUGCCUGAACGCAUUGGAAAUAUUUUGACAGAAUUACAGUUGAAACCAGAUGUUUACAUACACUGUAUAAAAAGUCACCCAUCCUUUUUAUUCUCAUUGUUUGCUAUCGAAUCCAACUAAAAUUUUCCUGUUUUAAGUCAGUUGGGAUUACCAAAAUGAUUUAUAUCCAUGAAAUUCAAGAAUAAUGAAAGAUAAUUUGCGAGAAUUUGAAUGACUUUCUACAGAGGUCUACAAGAUAGACUUGACCUUCUACGCUAUAUGACUGGGGUCAAGCGUUUUGAGUUUUCUUCAAGCUUCUCACAAUAGCUUGGGGGAUUUUUGGCCCAUAUCUCCUGACAUGGUUGUCGGAUUUGUAAUGCGCCUUGCUCACUCACACACCCUUUCAGCUGUUUUCACAGAGUUUCUAUGCGACUAAGAUCGGAAAGUUGUCAUGGUCACUCCAAAACAUAAUUUUCUUUUUGUCCUUAAGUCACUUUGUUACUAUGUUGGUGAUUUGCCUAUGGUGAUUGUCCAAAACAAAAAAAACAACAUUUGUGCAGAAAAUUUAGUUUCCUGGCUCAUGUUUUGAGAUGUUUCAAUAUUUCCAGAUUAUAUUCUUUCAUGUCAUCAUUGACUUUGUGCUAUGAAUCAGUCCCUCAUGAACCACAAUACCCCAGAAGAUGACCCUGCUACCCUCGUACUUCACAGUUUCAUGCAUCUCACAAGAAAACUUCAUGUUUUAUUCCAGCUGUUUUUUUGGGGGGAAGGGGGGUUUAACCACAAGUUAUACAGUCAAUAAGCAAAUGCGACUCUUGCCAUUGACUAUUAGCAAUCAGUACAACAGAGCAGAAAACGUGUUGUUUUGAGACGGUUUACAGUUCGUUACAGCCUCACCAUACGAGGGCAAACGUAACAUGUUGGAGGCGUGAGAAUUGGAAACAGCCGGUUAUUUCAGUUGUGAAACCCAGGGUGCCUGUUCAGACAUGUCUGUUGUUUGAUUAUACAGAAAAGCCAAAGGCCUCCAUUCAGGCAGAAGAGCCUGUGGAGUGGGGUUGACUGUGGGGCUUUACACAAGCCAACAGCAGACGGGAAAUCAGGAAAUCAGCAAAGAAAAGGGAUAAUAGCGUGGAGAUUAGAGAUCUGUUAACCCCCCUCCUCUUUGUGAUCAACCUGUUUGCUCACCAACUACAACUUCCUUUAAUAAGCACGCAAUCAGUGGAGCCUAAAACUAUUUUUUUUUUCUCACCUCUCUCUUUCAAGCAUAUUCUCUGGAACUAAACCAUCCAGCAAAGUUUCAAUCUUUACUAAUAACAUGGAACAUGGAAGAAAUGAGCUGCUCCAAUUUGCCACCUACUUCCCCCACAGGUAAAGGGUGCAGCCAAUCAAACGGCAAAACUCAACUGUAACACCUAUCCCUGCAGGGCAGACUUGCUCUGCAGUCACGAUGGUGUGUUCUGAUGACUUGCAGGCUUUCUGAAAUAGGCUGACUUCACAAAAACUGAGACAAAAAAAAAAAAAAAAAAAAAACAAGCAAAGCCUCCACCUGGAUGCCCUUGUACUCUGACCUCCUCUGGUUUAUCAUUUACGCAAGGAGGCCUUUCACAAGCAACACACCUGGAGGUGAUUCUGCAGCGCAAUCCAGAUUUUAUGCCGACUGAAAAGAAAAAAACGAUUCAUUGCCCAAGAACUAACAGCGCUCUCUCCAGCUGAAAACGAUGGCACUAUGUAUUUAGGCUGUGUCAUUUCCUGAGGAUUCACAGAGAUCAAAGUCUAACUCCAGUAAAUCCAUCAGGAUGCCACUUAAAACGUCGCUGUACAGAAAUCCAUCCUCCAGCCGCUGGUCCAGCAGGAUCUCAAAGAGGAGAGAAGUGCUAUCUGUCGAGAUGAUCAGUCUACCCCUUGGUGAUUUCCGGCACGUCUCUCACAUUGGGAGCGAUGGCCAAGACGACAGUUUUGGAGAUUUAUCCUUCCUCAAAAUGAGUCACAGCCUGCUCCGACAAAGUUCCAAGAGCGAACAGAACCUCUUCCUGAGCUGCAAGCCACCGCCAAAGCCCCCGCGUCUGAACCUGGAUGGAACGGAGGGAAUGCAGAGCCCCGAGUGGUCUGUGGACCAGAAGAGAAAGAAGUGCAACUCUUUGCCUCUUCUGGAUAGUGAGGAAGAAGAUAAGUGCGAAAACGAGGAAGUGGAUGAAACGAGGAAUGACUUUGCUUCUAAUCAGACUUGCCGUCCUGGAUGUGGCAGCGUGGGUUCUGAUAGAGAUCAAGAGUUCACAGGGAGUUGUGAACACAUUGAUGAAUUUAAGGAUGAGGACAGUGGCUUCUCAUUCACCCUGGACCUGGGCCCUUCAAUCCUGGAGGAUGUUCUUGGGGUGAUGGACAAACUGCACAACUGAAGAACCUUGAACAACUUGGUAAGACACUGGCUGCUGGAAAAUGAAUUUAACUUAAUACUCCUCUUGGGACACAACUUUGCAUAACCAUGAGGACACGAUAAAGUGUAGCAAACACUGGAUAAUUUUGCUUAUAAUUCAAUUUGCGGGCCUGGUCCUGGUCUGCACAAAGAGUCUGCAGAGAGCUGUGACCAAACUGGAGAUCAAUUUACGAGGACAGUAGCUCUUUAUUCAGCCUGGAUCUGGACAAACUCAUUCGUGAACAAUGUUCUCCAGAUCAUCGACAAACUGUGCAACUAUGCGAAAUACUGACGUCAUCACUUCUUUGGAAGACCCAACACUGUUUUAUUAACAAGGAUACUUAAUAAAGUAAAAGCUUGCAUUUGCUGCUUCCCAAGAUCCUUACUUGCUGCAGUGGCACACAAAUAAAGACAUUCUCAAACAAACAAAUGAACAUCUUGUUACUCUAAGGAGAACAUGAUGUUGUUCAUAGAACAUUAUGGUAACCAGCAUUUGCCAACAACAGAACGGUAAAGAUAUGAACUUUUUUUUUUUUAUGUCUGGGCAUUUCUAACUUCAUCUACAUUUCCUCUUUACUAUUAUAACCUCCCAGCCCACACUCAAAGCAGCUGUUAGGAUUUAAGGGUGUUGUGUUUAAGAAAAGAAAAGCUGAGGCUGAAAUCCAAGGUCCUUGAGCUGUGAUGUCUAGAGUCUUGGCGUGCUUGCCCGUCUAUUGUGUGCACAGGGCAAUUUUUCCUCCGCACGCAUCCUGGCGGCCCCACUCGAAGGUAGAGCAAGGUACCCCCCAUUUCUCAUUCCCAGCAGUACAGUGAAAACAAACAUUUCGCUCUGCUUCCAAUAAAAGCCAGCCAGUGGUGGCAGGUUGGGCAGCAUACCAAGCCGGGCCACAGGUCCAAGACCUUAUAAGAAGAAAGAAAUGGCAGAGCAUGCUGUUUUGUUAGCUGCAAAUCAAAGUGCGAUGAUCUGGCGGAUGGCGCUCAAGAAAGAAAGUGGCGGUGAGCAACACUAUACAUCUACACAAGCAGGGAGGCUGGAGAGGAAGGGGGAGACAGCAGAGGUCCUGAUGAGGACUUAAACAAAUACAUGCUGCGUCUCAUGUAUAUGCAUCGCAUUUCUUCUCACGUCAUCCAAGUGGGAAUUUGUGCAGACAGUUGAGGUCUACUAAUGAGGGGGGUUGAGAGGAUGAUAUGUGGGACAAGCCCAGAAAAUGUUAAAUUCCUUUGCACCCUAAUAGGUCAAGCUGGGAAAUACAAAAACCACAAAUGUCCUGCUUCAAGCAAAAGACUCAGUAUUGUAUGCAUGUCCAAACAGAAACAGCGUUAAUCCUGGAUACAUCUGCAUUGUAUCUCUGUUUUGGUGCCUGAUGUUUUAAACUGGAUACCUCUGUUUCUUGUAUGUGUUAUGACAAAAGUUAUUGUGAAAGCAUUUUUUGCAUUGUAAAAUCUACCGGUUUGUACUUUGAUUUGGUAGGCAAAAAAAUGUACACCAUUCAAAUCCCAUCAUUGGUGGUUUUGUGGAUAAACUGAAUGGGACUGUUUACACAACAAGGGGCCGACAUGUACUUGGCUUCUCAGCAAAAGAAGCCAAAAUGGAUGGAUUAUGUUUUGCAUCUCACUGAUGUCCAAGCAUUUUUUUUUUUUCCCCAGUCUUGGGUACAAAUAAUUCAAUGUGGAAAUGGACGGUAAUAUAUAUUAAAACAUGUCUGUUUUUACCUUCAAAGAUA